UGCAAACAGCAUGUCUCGGGCUGAAGUGCUGGUGGUCGAUUCCAGCGGCUUCAUCAAAUGCACUUCUCUUGAGACGGUCGGAAAGGAUAUAUUCACUGUCAGAGAUGUGAUCGAAGAAGUGAAAGACGCACAAACGAGGCAACGUUUGUCUGUCCUGCCAUUUGAACUGAAAUAUCGAUAUCCAGAUGCUGAUAAUAUUCGUUCUGUUAGUGACUUUGCUCGGAAGACUGGAGAUUAUGCGAGUUUGUCUGCUGUGGAUGUGAUGCUUCUAGCUCUUUGUCGUCAACUGGUGAUCGAACGUUGUAGCAGCAAGGGAGCACAUCUCAGGACAGAGCCAUGCACACAGGCCGAGUUUACUCAGUUUAGUAAAGUUGGAUCUACGUGCACAGCUGGCUUUUAUUAUGGCACAAAAAUAGAAGAAAGCAGUAGCACUCGUCUGGGCACACACCAUACACACGAUGAAUCACCUAACAACGAACAAACCAGCAUGGGUGAACACUCAGACAACGAAGCAGAGAAACAGUUGCAAAGUAUUGAUGCGGAUGAAGAGAACGUUGAGUUGAUGUCAGAGAAGUCAUCUAGUGUAGCAGAGAAAUCAGACGUAUUAGCUGGUUCACAACAAACUGCCACAUCAGUGACUGACGUUUCAGUUAAAGCGAGUGAAGAAGGAAACAGAGAAGGGUGUGAAAGAGGAGAUAAUGACAACAGUGAUGACGGUGAUGAUGAUGGUGAAGAUGGUGGUUGGAUUACUCCACACAAUAUCGAAACAGUAAAGACAAAACACGGCUUGUCCAACACAUCUGGGGUUCGCGAGGAGAUCGAGGUUGCAUGCAUGACGACUGACUUUGCAAUGCAAAAUGUGCUCCUACAAUUGGGUAUUCCUGUUGUUUCAGUGGAUGGCCAGAUAAUAAGACAGAUUAGGACUUACGUGCUGCGUUGCUUCUCGUGUAUGAAAAUUACGAAGGAUACAACACGUCAGUUCUGUCCUUCAUGUGGACAUAAUACGCUGUUGAGACUUCCUGUUAGUGUUGAUGAAUCUGGCAAGACGUGUUACCAUAUGGCUCCGAAGAAACAAAUAAGUACAAGAGGAACUAAGUAUUCGAUACCUCGUCCUAAAGGAGGUCGGAAUUCUGAUGUCCAUAUUCUUAAAGAAGACCAGGCUGUAACAUGGAAGCCUCCUCGAACUCGAAGGAUGCCAAAAGUACAUGCUCUAGAUCCUGACUUUCUAGCUCAAUCUUCACCCUUUGCUGCUCACGACGUCACCAGCCGUGGAGCCCAAAUUUAUUUUGCAAAGGGUGGAAGAGGUCGCAUGAAAAAUCCAAAUGAAGUAAGAAAGAAAUCAGGAAAGAGAAAGAAAUAGAAAAUCAGUGAGCAGACGAUUUAUCUGUUGAUAAACUUUGAUUUAAUAAUAAAAUCAGUGAAGAAAUGCGAAUAAAGUGGUCAUAACAUGUACAACACUGUACACAUAUAUUUUUUAAUUGAAAGUUUAGCAUAUCCGA